AUGGCUCAAGUUGGCGUAGCCUUCUCAGGCGGCGGUGUGAGGUCAGCGGCCUUCUGCUCUGGUGUCCUGCGCAGACUGCUUCAAAAAAACGCCAAUCUGGAUUACCUGAGCUGUGUGUCAGGGGGUGGUUACACAGGCUGUGCCUACAUGGACUGGAAGUUCCGUCUUGGAAAGGAAGACAACAAGGAAUGGCAUUUCAAAUUCUUUGAUCAUCUCCGCAGAAGAAGUGGAAUAUUUUGCGACUGGCAGAGGCCUUUUCACGGUUUUCUUGACUCUAUGGUUCUGUUCUUAUUACCUCUAUUUGUUGCGCUUGUGCUGCCGUUGUUCCUGUGGGCGGCUUACGCAUGUCCAUUUGCUUACGUCAUAGAUCUGUGUGCAGGCAGCGUCCUACGCGGUGGAAUCAUCACAAAAUGUGACAACACGACCUUGAAGUUACACGAAACAGUCCAAGAUUGUCAGCAUCGACGAGAGAAGAAGGCUAUUGAGAGAUUUCUUCUCUUUAGCGUUCCACUCUUUGUUGUAUUUCUCGCUCAUUUCCUUGGGCCAUUUUUCCCUAAAAUCAAAUGUGCCUUAGCUUUCAUGGCCACGUCUUGCGGAGUUAUUUUUGGCUUGUUGUUUCUUCCUUGGUUUUUUCACGAUGUGUUGGAGUUCAUUCCAACAUGGAUGAAAUUUCUAAUAGUUGUUCCCACAAUCUUGCUCUGGUUUGCUUUCCCGGUUAUGAGGACAAACGCUACCCUUGUAGUGAUUGUCUAUUUCUAUUCAUAUGUUGUCAUGUGGCGAGUUUACAAGGACACCACCUUUCCACAUUACACACAUACGUUGUUUACACAAUUGAUGUGGCUUUCUGGCCUCAUACUGUUUGUUUCUCCUUUGAUUGGUACCAUACAACAACGUCUUGGUCACAUUUACAAUAGGUAGGUUCAGCUCUGUUCUAGUCCAUUUACUUUUCACAUAAACGUGAAUGAAUAAAAUGCAAGGAUUCGCAUCAAUACACCUUUUCGCCACUACUGCUGGGUGGUCAAUACAGGGGCAACCAACGACGAUUUCUUCCUAAAUACGUUCAAAACACUUUUUACGUUAUCCAGAGUAGUUUUAGAUCCCUAGAAAUACAUUCUAAGCGGCGCUAUAAAAUUGGUAUCUGUUCGGUCAUCCUAGGAGACUUUGAGUCUUUUCGAAAUUUCGAGGGCUUGAGUUUUACUUCCCGAAAAUUUUAGAUGCAUUUUAUCGCUUUAAGAAUGUGAGAAUUUUUCUGAUUUCCAUCUCAGUCACAUUUUUGAAUCCGAAAAUUUAAGGUUUUCUUUUUCUACGGAAAACAGCAUUACUUGGAGAGUGAAAUGUGAAAAAUUAAGCUUCAGAAAAUCGUAGGGAAUUUAUUAGAUAAGUUUCAAAAAUUGUACAUGAAUGGAACGGUCAUCUAGAAAUUUGUAGCCGUCCUCAAGCAAUUAUAGAAAAUUCUAGCCAAUAUUUGCUUCUCCGAACAGAUAUUUUACGGAAAACAGUCGUUGGGUGUCCCUGGCGAUAGCCUUGGAAUAGUGUUUUCUCCCUUUACUGCUCCCUUACAAUGGUGAUCAGGUGUUUUUUCAAAGCCUGUCACUAAGAAACAGCUGAAGAAAAGGCAACUAUCUACAAAUGUUUGAACUAUGAAAGUUUUCCUGAAUAUCCUAAAGACAUGCUCAGACUUUGCGUCAGUCUGUAUACGUACUCUUCUAGAAGAACUAAUAUUUUAUCACUAUGUAAACUGGCUACUACUACUUAUGGCCACAACUCUUUUCGUUACUUUGCGUCUAAGAAAUAGCCUGCGAACAGCAGACGCAUUUCCGGUCGUCGCUACCGGAAAUGCGUCUGCUGUUCGCAGGCUACUAAGAAAUGGAACUCCCUACCUAAUAAUUUAAGAUCUGAGCCUACUUUAUUUAGUUUUAGAAGACUCCUGAAAGCAAUCUCCUUUCAGACAUAACAAUAUAUCUAACAUUUUUCAUGUAUGUAAAUAGAUUUAUUUUAGGCAUGUAAAUAGAUUUCUUUUUUUUCUCUCCAAGAUAUUAGGCUUUCAGAGUCUUUUCAGACUACUCUGAAAUUAACUUCAACUUCAACUUCCUUUCACGAGUCAAAAUAGAAUAAAAUUAAAUUAAAUGUAUUGAUUAACCUCAGGACGUGACAGACGUUUCACCAGAUUCAAAUCCUUACGAUAACCUAGCUGUUUCAUUAUGGUUAUUCAACAAAAAAUUUACACGGGGAGGCUUCGCCCCGAGAUCCAACCUCUUUUUUGGGCCCUAUUAUAUACCAUCUUUGCCAGAAAAGGUAGCUCUUUCGUAUAGCUUCUAUUGACAAAGGGUACCUCUUUCAGAAACCAGUUUGGAACGCUGCAUCCCUUUUAGCUCUUGCAAGUGCAACGUCUAAAUAUGAAAAAUAAAACUAAACCAGAAAGCUUUGUUGCCAUUCUCAGAGCCAAAAAAUGCGCCUGUUAGCCCUUUUAGGUCCUUUCUUAGACUGCAAUGACAGACUUCCCCACCCAUUCCGAUACAAAGGUACCUCAUUGGGACGGAGCCUCUCCGUAUAGAAGAAUCCUUGCUGGCGUCAUUGUUUACAUUUUUCGUCAUUAGCAUACGACUUAACUCAUAGAAGCCGUGGUGGUUUAUACCAACUAAAUUCAAAAGUUGAAGGAGCACAUUACCUUGAACAAUUUGCGCAAUUUUCAGCUCUUUCUAAGCAAUACUGAAGGAAAUAUCAGCCAUCAAAAACUGCGAAAUUGCUGGGUGGUAAAAAAGUUAAUGAGCCAUACAUAAUUUGUUAAAUUUCGAGUUUUUAAAAGAAAAUUUCUUCGAAGCUCAAUUUUUCAGAGAUAACUGAAAUUGCUAAGCUCUUUCAAUAUUCAGCCCGUUUGGUUUGUUAAUAAGGCAAAAAAUGUAAAGAAAGAUUCGCCUAUAGGCAGGUAUGGGGAGCAAGCCCGCGGGGUUUAUUAUAUUUUCUUUCAAUAUUUUUUCAGAUGGAGGCUCCAGAAAGCUUUGUUUUCCCCUACAAGUGUUGGCAGGUGUGGUUGUGCUGGUAUUUCCUAUCGCGAUUGUUUUCUCACUUGUCCCUCCUUCAAAGACACGGAACCUUUGAACACUGAUCCUGACAGACCUCUGACUUUAAAAGACCUUGAUAAUGUCAAACCGAUUCUUAUCAGCAACUCAGUUAUCAAUAGAUGGCGUCGCACUACCUCCCCAAGGGAACCUGACUAUGAAGUGCUGUCGAUGUCACCGCAUGGAAUUGAGAGGCUGGACCGUCCAUCUGACCAGCAAGAGUUCGAAGGUAAACUGAUGCCGGAAGAUAUUUAUCUCUCUGAUGCCAUGGCAACCUCAGCUGCAGCUGUGGAUCAUCAUAUGGGUGCCCUUGAAGGAGGUGAAGAGUUAUUUAAAGACUUGAAAGUCACGUUGGGGAUAGCCAUGGGUACCUCACUUAUUGGGAAUCCAAGACAAGAACGGAAAGAAAGCAAGUUUCUUCAGGUACUUUAACGCUGAAUAUACUACUCACUAACUAACAAGAUUUCCAAAUUCACUAAUCCUUUCACUACGAAAUGUGGCCAAAGGCAAAUUUCGACCAAAGUUCCAAAUUUCAUUUACUAAAAUUUUGAGAAACAAAUGGCAUCAUGUGAAAGUACAGGUAGAGAGCUUUCAUUUGAAUGGUCACAUCAUAGGAUUUCGUCCAUAGACUCAAGAGUUAGAGUCACCUUACAAAACCCCCUCAAACACUCUGGCAGUAAAAGGGCUAAGAAGUCGGCGGAAUUUUGAUUGUUAAGUGUAUAUUACCUGUUCAAUAACUUGGCAGUUCGGUGGACUGAUGUCAGGUUUUAAGACAUUCGGCUGCGCCUCGUGUUUGAAACUUCAGAUGAAACACUCCGCUCUGGUCCAUUUUGAAUGUCAUAUUUCACUUUAAUCGAAUGCUUCUCCGAGGUGUAAAAAUAAGUUUGGCUUGUACCGUGAAAUAAAUAAGUCGGAUAAUUCAAGUACUUAAAUAAGCUAAGAUAUUUGAUUUUGCCCGCCUUUUCUUAGCUUCCUAGGGCUUGAUAUCGAUUGGCAGUUUGUCAUAUUUUGAACAAGAAGCUGACAACUUUAUCUUCUGUUUCUUUUUCGGUAGAUUCUUCCUUUCUUCAUAGAGAUUUUCCGAGUGUCUCCUUUUUUGUUUGGAUACACUUCUUAUCACCUAACUGGGAAGGAAGUGUACUUCGACAUCGGCGUGCUUUUGUUCUUCUUACUUCUACUGCUGUUUACUAUUGUGGCCCUCGUUCCCACAGGAAGUGCCAAUCCAGGCAAACUGGAGAAGAUCGCCAGGUAUAACUAUGGUUACUACCGCUGCUUCUGCUGCUGCUGACACUACACUGCCACUACCUCUACCACUACAAAUAUCACUACCGCAACCACUAUCACUACCACUACCAUUACAACUACCAUUAUCACUACCGCUACCACUACCAGUACCAAUACGACCAUUAUGAUCAAUAACAACAUCACUACCUAUUUUCCGCUAUCACUACCACUACAACUACCAUGAUCACUACCGCUACCACAUCCACAGCGUCCAGAGGAGAUGUGUUUGUCGUUAGAACAUCUAAACCCCUGAAUUAUGGAUUAUUUUGAUCGCGUUACAGUUUCGUUACACAUUCUAUAUACCGCAAACCAAGAGACUGAGGGCUCGCAAGUGUUGUUUAUAUUAAUUUUUGAUUACCAAGUAUUGAUAAGAAACUUAGAGGUUUUUUAAUCAAUUUUGUUCAUAGAUACUUUGCGGUCCACAUGCCAUAUAUUAGCUUUGUUCGUAAAACAAUUGGAAUACUUAAUCACGGGCCGAAUCCACCUCCAGUUCUACGGCUCAGCGACGGUGGACAUGUUGAAAAUCUCGGUAUCCUCCCUCUUCUGAAGCUGCGGCUGAAAAAGAUCAUAACAGUGUACGGAGGGCGAGCGUCUUCGGAACAAGCAUUCUGUAACACCCUGUUAAAAGCCCUCGAAAUGGCAAGAAAGAAGUUGAGAUGCUCGUUUACAGGUCUUGAUGGUCGUGAUAUCACUGAAGACAUUCGAAAUAAACUGGUAGAAAAAUCCUCAGGAAAUCAACCGAGAAGUUACAGGUUAGUGAACAGAAAAACCUGUUUGAAAAAAAUUACCUUUUUUCACAAGAUAACCCUUGCCACAGCAGGAUUAGCUCAGUUGGUAGAAUGCUUGACUGCAGAGGGGAGGUACGUCACGGGUUCGAUUCCCUGGGCCGCAUCAAUACCCGGGUUCUUGAAGUAACUAAAAAAUUAAGGUACUGCCUUUGCCCUGCAAGCCGCCACAGUGGCCUUAGGGUGGCUCCGGGAUGACCAUGUUAAAUGGCAAUCCCGUCUCCAGUAGAAGACGUUAAAAAUAGUGUCUUCAAUUUGUACUUUCAUGCUACAUUAACGCUCAAAUAAAGUGCAUUUUUUUUGCCGCGUACUUAACCGUUGGAGUGAUAUAUGUGUGAAAUCCAGAACUUCGAUGUUUGGAACUAAAUUAUUCAUAUGGGGAUUAACUAUAUCUCAAGUGAAGCGCACGUUUAUACGUUUAUACCCAUUGAAAGUGAAGAAUGAUCAUCGCAGUAAAUUUUCCAAUUUAAGCAAUUGGAAAGAAGAAGCCUGAAAAAAAAAUCAGGGCUUCAACGGGAUUCGAACCCGUGACCUCCGCGUUGCCGGUGCGUUGGUCUACCAACUGAACUAUGAAGCCACACAUUGGGAGCGAGGUCAAUUCAUUGAGUUCAUAUCUCCCGUGAGGAGUGAAAUGAUGUGAAGUAUAUGAAGUAAUUAAUUUUUGAACUGAUUUUUUUCAGGCUUCUUCUUUCCAAUUGCUUAAACUGGAAAAUUUACCGCGAUGAUCAUUCUUCACUUUCAUCUACUACCACAGUUCAAAAAUGAAUUACUUCAUAUACUUCACAUCAUUUCACUCCUCACGGGAGAUAUGAACUCAAUAAAUGGUUCCUUCUGUGAGUACCGGAGCACAGAUUACGUAAUACAAAAGUAAUAAAAGACAGGAAACAAAACAACUCCAAAUAAAGACUAAUCCCAAGAGACCAAAAAUACAAAGCUUUCCGGUACCUGCAGAAAGACCACAAUAAAUUGACCUCGCUCCCAAUGUGUGGCUUCAUAGCUCAGUUGGUAGAGCAACGCACCGGCCACGCGGAGGUCACGGUUUCGAAUCCCGCUGAAGUCCUGAUUUUUUUUUUCAGGCUUCUUCUUUCCAAUUGCUUAAAUUGGAAAAUUUACUGCGAUGAUCAUUCUUCACUUUCAUCUAGCUACUACCGCAGUUCAAAAAUGAAUUACUUCAUAUACUUCACAUCUUUAUACCCAUUGCAGCAAUGUCUUAAAAAAUCAAAAGUCGGAAAAAACCUGCUUUGUCUCAUUGCUCUUUCAGGUUUAAAGUCCAUUACUUCGACAAAAACCCGGAUGAAGACAAAGAUCACAAAGUUGGUGAAGCGGAAGUGCUUUUCAUUGCCCCGAGACAUCCCAACAAGGGCAUCAAGAUGGAACAACCAAUGUCCUGGAAGGAUGCUCUCAGCGAUGUUGGCGAGGAUCUUGAAGCAAACAACUGGGGAUCUGGACCUGAGCUUACCGCGGAUGAAGUUGACCGACUGACAUUUUGUUGCUGUCAAUGUUGUCAUGGUAACGCUUGUCAGGGAUUUUCUGAAAGCAUUUGCGGGGCGUUUCCUCAGCAUUCCACCUGUAAUCAGUUUUACACUCCUGCGAUGUUCACUGCCUAUCACAGAGAAGGAUAUCGCGCAUGUUUGGAAGCUCAAGCCGCGGAGUUUCUGACCGAACCAACUUCACAAAAUGAGUAUAAUUCUCGCUUAGAAGAAGUUGUCACUCAAUGA